CUCACUUAGUAUACAACAUGAUGUCACUUCUCUGGAAAGGUAUCAAGCUCGAGACAUCUAUGGGAAGCACUGAGUUUGCUUCUAUGGUUUUUGCACUUAUUGGUAUGUCUCAAGGAGUCACUUUGCUCUUAGCCAAAUCGCUUCUCUUCUUCUGCGACUACGAAAGAGCUUAUUACAACGAGUACUCUGUUGGAUUCUCUGGUGUUCUCUUUGCUUUGAAAGUUGUUCUUAAUUCUCAGGCUGAGGAUUACUCCAGUGUUUAUGGUAUCUUGGUUCCGACAAAGUAUGCUGCUUGGGCAGAACUUGUUCUGGUGCAGAUGUUUGUACCUAAUGCUUCGUUUCUUGGGCAUUUGGGUGGGAUCCUUGCUGGUAUUCUCUAUAUGAAGCUCAAGGGUUCUUACUCGGGAUCUGAUCCAGUCACUCUGGCGGUUAGAGGUGUGACACGACUAGUGACUUGGCCAUUGAGGUUUUUGAAUGGUAUGGUUAGGUCUCGGAGAAGAAGGAUUACAGGGAGAGGAAGAGUGGGUAGAGGCGAGACUGGGAUAGCCGGACCUGGUAUUUGGAGAUGUCAGUCGUGUACAUAUGACAAUUCUGGUUGGUUAAGUGCUUGCGAGAUGUGUGGCUCUGGACGAGCUAGAGGAAAUGGAUGGUCACUUAAUCAGGGACCAGCAUUGUCUUCUUCUAAUGAUCUCCCUAUAGAUGAGCUGCGCCGUCGAAGAGUUGAAAGGUUUAGUUGAUCUCUGGACCUGCAUUUGUAGAGCUGAAGGAAGGGUUUUGAAUGAAGCUUUGUUGAAUCAUUCAUUGCAGUAGCAUCUAGUUUUUUUUUUCUUCGAAUCUGUCUUCUCCUUUGUCUCCUUGAUGAUUUUACGAAAGUAAUGGAAAAAAGAAGGCAUUUUUUUU